AUGCCCAAUUCGUCGCCGACGCGCUCGUCUUUAGUCGCCCUUCCUCUCUUCUCUCUCACGAGCCACCUCAAUUCUCUUCAUUGUGUCGCGCUCUCUGUAAAUCGCUCUCCCGUCGCCAUUAUUCUCUUCUCCUCCUGUCAAUUACCUCGUCUCCCUCUCAUGCGCGCCUCAAAUUGCGCUCCCAUCGCCCUUUCUCCCUUCGCGUCGGCCACCUCGUUGCCUCUGCACGCGCCUCAAAUCGCCCUCCCGUCGCCCUUCCUAUCUCCCUUCACAUCGCCCAUCUCGUCGCCCUCCUUGUCCCCGCUCACAUCACCCACCUCGUCGCCCUCUCACUCGCCUCCAAUCGCCGCAAUCGCCUCGCGAUCUCCUCUCCCAUCCCGUCGCCCUGCCCUUCUCCUUCGCCCUCACCGACGCCAUGUCCCAUCCCUUCUCGUCGCCCUCACAUCUCUUUCCACUUAUCGUCACUUCACUUUCUUCCGCCCCUUUCGAUCGCGCUCACGUUCUCCCCUACCUUCCCGCCUUCCUAGUGUUCUCCUCUCCCCUUCCGUCACCCUUCCUCUCUCCGCUGCCCUCCCGUCGCCUUCGGUGUCUUCGCUGCCCUUCCGUCGUUAUUCAUGUACACCCUCCCCUCCCGUCGCCCUUGUUGACCCCGCUCCCUGCAUCACGUCGUUCCUCCUCUCUCCCCUGCCGUCCCGUCGCCCCCUUGUCCCCACUCCCUUCUCUUCGUUCUUGCUGUCGCCCAAUCAACAAUCCCCACGCCAUUCAUCUCUUCCCAUUGCAAUCUCUUGUGCGUGUUCCGCGCUCGCUCCUAUCGCCUCCCGGUUCUCGUUCGCCUGUCGCUGUCCCGCGCGUGCUCCUCUCGCCUCCCCGCGCGCUCCUAUAGCCUCCCCGCGCGUGCUCCUCUCGCCUCCCCGCGCGCUCCUAUCGCCUCCCCGUGCGGCGUCCUAUCGCCUCCCCACGCGGCCUCCUCUCGCCUCUCCGCGCGUGCUCCUCUCGCCUCCCCGCGUGCUCCUCUCGCCUCCCCGCGUGCUCCUCUCGCCUCCCCGCGCGGCAACCUCUCGCCUCCUCGCGCGCGCUCCUAUCGCCUCCCCGCGCGGGCUCCUCUCGCCUCCCCGCGCGGCCUCCUCUCGCCUCCCCUCAUUUUCCCCCAUGCGCGCCCUCAUUUUCUCCCUUGCACGCCCUCAUAUUUGCACGCCCUUUCCCCCCAUGCACACCCUCAUUUUCCCCAUUGCACGCCCCAAUUCUCUCCCUACCCUCCCUUCCCUCCCUUCCCUCCCUUCUCUCCCUUCCCUCCCUUCUCUCCCUUCUCACCCUCCCCUUCCUUCUCUCCCUUCCCUCCCUUCUCUCCCUUCCCUCCCUUCUCUCCCUUCCCUCCCUUCUCUCCCUUCCCUCCCUUCUCUCCCUUCCCUCCCUUCUCUCCCUUCCCUCCCUUCUCUCCUCUCCUCCCUUCUCUCCCUUCUCACCAUUUCCUCCCUUCCCUCCCUUCCCCCCCUUCCCUCCCUUCCCCCCCUUCCCUCCCUUCUCGCCCUUCCCUCCCUUCUCUCCCUUCCCUCCCUUCUCUCCCUUCCCUCCCUUCUCUCCCUACCCCCCUUCCCUCCCUUCUCACCAUUUCCUCCCUUCCCUCCCUUCCCUCCGCCCCUCCCCCUUUCGCUCUUCCUCACCCUUCCCCGUCCCGCCUACUCUCUCUAA